CGCCCCCUCCUCCCCGCGGGUCUACAAAGCCCUGCUUUGUGUGCCAAGACAAGUCCUCAGGAUACCACUAUGGAGUCAGCGCCUGUGAAGGCUGCAAGGGCUUCUUUCGGAGGAGCAUCCAGAAGAACAUGGUGUACACGUGUCACCGGGAGAAGAACUGCAUCAUCAACAAGGUCACCAGGAACCGCUGCCAGUACUGCCGCCUGCAGAAGUGCCUGGAAGUGGGCAUGUCCAAGGAGUCGGUGAGGAACGACCGGAACAAGAAGAAGAAGGAUGAGAAGAAGCCGGAGUGCACUGAGAGCUACGUGCUGAGCACUGAGACGGAGCAGAUGAUCAACAGGGUCAGCAAGGCGCAUAAGGAGACCUUCCCUUCCCUCUGCCAGCUCGGCAAAUACACUACGAGUAACAGCUCGGAGCGGCGUGUGGCUUUGGACGUGAACCUGUGGGACAAAUUCAGUGAGCUGUCCACCAAGUGUAUCAUCAAGACGGUGGAGUUCGCCAAGCAGCUUCCUGGCUUCACCACGCUCACCAUCGCUGACCAGAUCACCCUGCUCAAGGCCGCCUGUCUGGACAUACUGAUUCUGCGGAUCUGCACGCGCUACACACCGGAGCAGGACACCAUGACGUUCUCGGACGGCCUGACGCUAAACCGGACCCAGAUGCACAAUGCCGGCUUCGGACCGCUCACCGACCUGGUGUUCGCCUUCGCCAACCAGCUCCUCCCCCUGGAGAUGGACGACGCUGAGACUGGGCUGCUCAGCGCCAUCUGUCUGCUGUGUGGAGAUCGGCAGGACCUGGAGCAGGCUGACAAGGUGGACGUACUACAGGAGCCCCUACUGGAGGCUCUGAAGAUCUACGUGAGGAAGAGGAGGCCUCACAAACCACACAUGUUUCCCAAGAUGCUGAUGAAGAUCACCGACCUGAGGAGCAUCAGUGCCAAAGGAGCCGAGCGUGUCAUCACCCUGAAGAUGGAGAUCCCGGGCUCCAUGCCCCCUCUCAUCCAGGAGAUGCUAGAGAAUUCUGAGGGUCUGGAGAGUGGGGCCACAGGCUCCCGGACCAGUGGGGCCCUCCCAGGCAGCUGCAGCCCCAGCCUAUCCCCAAGUUCCGCCCAAAGCAGCCCCAGCCCCACCACGCAGUCACCGUAGCAAGCCGCCCUCUUUUCG